AUGGCGGCGGCGGCGGCGGCUUGGGCCUCGGUGGUGUGUCAUUUGUGGCCACGUGACUGCCCUUCCCCACUCCAUCCAGGAGGUGGGGGAAAUCCCCGUGUUUUUGCUUUCAUUUCUGACGUGACGGACUUUAAAAAAAAGACCCGGCGAGCGGCGGCGGCAGCAGCGGCGCUUUCCCUUCUUUAGAAUGCGGGGGGAUAAAUAAACGGCUGCUCUGCCGCGGUCUUCUCCCCACAGAAGGGGAGGGGGGGAGAGAAAGAAAGAAGUCCGCAGCUGCUUGAGAGUCUCCUUCUCACAUUGGGCUCUGCAUUCUAUUUUCCUGAUCUGGCUCAAACAAAUGGCAGUUCCAGGAUGGCACAGAACAAGUACCUUGCAGCAAAGCUGAAAAAAUAUUUGCGAGAAGACAAAAUUUACCUGUGGAAACCUCCCUAUACAAACAAUAGCAAAGAGGCUGGUGAGGAGCUGAAGGAUCUCGCGUUGCAAUACUCAGCCAGGCUAAAUUAUAAUGACAAUGAAAUCGAAGCCCUUCUGGAAGAAAUACGCUGUAAAGCGGUUGAGCGGGGAACAGGAAACGAAGCUUUUAAGACGACAGGAAUUGCGACGCUUGAAGUAGCUUUGCCUACGAGGAUGGGUAAAGCAAGAAAAACUGUUCUGGAGACAAAAUUGGUCAUCACAGGCAAGGAGCUCAGAUCUCAAAUAGCACAGACAUAUGGAUUUGAAGAAAAUUGCAUCAAAAUAAUUGCAAAUAAGAAGCAACUUGACCUAGGAAAGACACUAGAAGAGCAAGGCAUUACACACAAUAUCAAGGUCAUGGUGCUUGAGCUGAAACUUAGUGAAGAGGAAACUAGGAGAAAAGUCCGUGAAGAGGAAAUGCAACAUGAGGAAGAAGUAGCGAAGAAUAAAGAAAUGAAUAAACGGAUGCAAAGAACGAAGAAAGGCUUGGAAAUACUUGCAGAAAGAGAGGAUUCAUUUGAUCCAGAGAAUACGCCUUACCUCGACAUUGCAAACCAAACUGGAAGAACCAUCAAGAUCCCCCCAGCAGCCAAAAAAGCUCUUUUGUUAGCUAUGGGCCACCAUGAAAAGGGCAGAGCGUUGUUGAAGAAAAAAGAAUAUGCUAUGGCAUUGCCAUUUCUGUUGGAUGCAGAUAAACACUUCUGUGAUUGUGGUUCAGACCUCCUGAACACGGUUGAUAAUUAUGCCGUGCUGCAACUGGACAUAGUCUGGUGUUACUUCCACCUGGGACAGCUGGAUUGCCUUGAUGAUGCUGAGAAGAAGCUUACUGCAGCCCACGAUUGCUUCAGAAGGUGUUACGGGGAGAACCACGAAAGACUGGUCACUAUAAAAGGAAGUUCUGGAAGAGAGAAGGCUUUAUUUCUAAGGCUUUAUUUACUUCAAGGAAUAAGCCAUUAUCAUAAUGGCAGAGAAAAAGAGGCUGCUGAACAUCUUCAGAGGGCACAUGGCUUAUUUCAAGAGUUGUGCAUAGAUCCCGAAAAGAUCAGCAGCUUGUUACUUCUGGGAUUCUCCGCUCAGGAAGCCCGUUUGGGUCUCCGAGCUUGUGAUGGGAACGUGGAUCAUGCAGCGAGUCAUAUUUCCAACAGGAGAGAGGAAAAAGCUGAAAUAAGGAGAGAGGAGAAAGCUAAAAGAAGAAGGCGAUUAGAGGACAUAAACUCCUUGAAGAGCAUGGGCUACCCAGAGCGAGCAGCUAGAGAGGCUCUUCACAACGCAAAAGGAGACCUUCAGCUCGCCGCUAAGAUUAUACUUGAUAACCCCCUGCUACUCCUGCCAGAUGAUGAUGAUCCAGUGCCAGGGGACCAGUUUAAUGUUCCCCAAGAAAGUAUUGAUCAAUUGGUCUACAUGGGCUUUAAUCCUAAGGCAGUAGAGCAAGCUCUGAAAUUGUUCAAAGGCAACAUUCAGCUGGCCGUACAGAUGCUUGCUCAUUAUGGGGGAUCCCUUCCUGGGGAACUACAGACCCCUUUGGACAGCACCAUUCCGUCAGAUGAAUCCAGUUCAUCAAAAGAUUCUCCUACUGAUUCUGCAGAUAAGAGGAGAGAGGAAAAAGAAGAAAAUCAAAAGAGAGGGGGGGAAACAGAAGGCACUUCUGGGGCAUCAACAGAUGAAGACAUGGAAGUGGAUGCUGUCAAUGAAAUCUUAGAAGAUAUCCCAGAACAUGAAGAAGAUUAUUUGGACCUAACUCUGGAAGAGGAAGAAUAUGUAAUUAAUGAAUACCUCUCUUACAUAAAGCAUUUGCCGAUACAGUAGACAGACUUAAAAGGCUCCAGUCUCAGUUACAUGGACCAGCAUCUUUUGAGCUCGGCUUCAGAUAUGGCUAGUUGCAUGCAAGUCUUACUGAAGCCAAUGGGUCAUGUUAGUCAUGACUAACUUAAGUGUAACUAACUUAGUCUAGAUUAGGCCCUUGGAUUUUAAUACUUGGAUUGCAAAUUCGUCCAUCCCUAUUUUUUGCCAAAUGCCUUACGUUCAAUCAGUUGCAGAGUUUUUAAAUAUUGGUAUGUGUAAAAUCUAUAUUAUUAUUAUUAUUAUUAUUAUUAUUAUUAUUAUUAUUAUUAUUAUUAUUUGAUUGUAAUCUAGAGCAACACCGGAGAGUAAUAACAAUUGUAGUACAAAAAUAUUUACAAGAACAAAUAUUUUUAUAGAGAGGUUCAAUAUAUAAUGGUGUGAAAUCAACCUAUUUAAUUAGUGAAUAAAAUCCAUUUUACAUCUCUUCACCAUACCCAGGUUUCUUUUAAAACUGUGAACGAUCUUACUAUUAGAGCAUUUAACUUAGAAUCCUACUAGGAUUAGCAGUGAUACUUUCUGAUCUUAGAAAUAUUGACCUAAGUGUGUACAUCUUUCCAUUUUCACAAAGUUUUUCCUUUCCAUCCUGCAUUCUAAAGCCAGCUGUAAAUCUAUUGUGUGUGGACUUGAGACACCUCCUUUUUUUCAAUCUUUGUCUUGCAUAAUGCAAUAACAACCAAUAAAAACAUAUUCAUCACA